UUACACAAAAAUAACCCAAAAGUGGAAGAAAAGCACGGACUGACCCUCUGGCGAAACUAUUUCACCAAUCUAACCCUUUUGUGUGGCGCCCCUCUCAGCGGCGCCACACGUGCCCAUGUGGCGCCUCUAGCUCUGGCGCCACAAACCCAUCCGACGUGGCCCGUCGACGCUGAGCUGGUGACCCCGAUCCGACGUGGCAGCACAAGUGGCGCCGCUCCGGCCGGCGCCACACUUUGAAAGUGUGGCGCCUCUGGGAAGGGCGCCACACAUUGACUUAAGUUUGGGCGCCGCGCGCGCCCAGCCCGACCCUUCUUCUUUCUUUCUCUUCUUCUCUUCCUCCUCCCCAACCCGGUUCUCUCUCUCCUCCCUCUCCCCCCACCAAAUCCACCACCAAAUCGUCAGAUCUGUCCGUGGAGAUCGUUCCCCAUCCAUUUGUCAAGGAUGGCCGGUGCCGGUGGACGGGGAAGGGGCGGCCGCCGCGGUCCUGGGCGCCCCCCGGGCCGGGGAAGGGGCCGCCGCGGUGGAGCAGCAAGGGCCCCACGAUCACCGUCACCUGCAUCCUCAUCGUCUUCGCAUGACGAACGCUGCUUCGAGUUCCUCCUCCGCAUCGACGACGACCCACUCGGCAUCAAGCGGCUACCGGACAAGUUCGCCGAGUUCGUCGACGGCGUCGAGCCGGCGCACUUGCAGCUACGGGAGGCUAGCUGCAACUUCUGCCGCUGGCCCGUGGAGGUCCUGUUCGACGGGCAGGGCAAGAUGUACCUGCACACGGGGUGGGACAAGUUCGCCCGUGACCUCCACCUCGAGCCCGGCUGCCAGCUCACCUUCCUGUACGAGGGGGACGGCGAGAUGAUCGUCAAGGUAUUCGACGACACCGCCUGCCGUGUGCACUACCCCCACACCGGCGAAUCCGGCUCCGACACCGAUAGUUAGAACGUCGAGUGUUGUCAACUCUAUCUUCGUUGCUUCGUGUUGUUUGAAUUCUAUCUUAAAUUGUAUGAAACUAUGUGCUACGAUGUUAGGUAUGAUGAUGUUAUGUCGAUGAUGUGUGUACGAAAUGGUUG